AGCAAGGUUCUAGCGUGAAUCAUCGGAUCGUGUGUGAGUGUACACGGUCGAUCGGUAAGGUAUACCCGGAAACAGGUGUCGACGGUGACGUUGCAUCUACAGGCCUCGAUCGACACGCGAGGGCCGCAGGUAUGCUUCGUGUGUCACUUUGUAUACGAUCCAACCCUCGCGAUCACGCGGAUGGAAAAUUGAGACAUCCCUAGAUCCUCGCUGAUCUCUGCAAAUCUCCAUCGAGACCGUUGAUUGCGGGGAGGACAUGCCAAUUCACUGUCGUAACAAUUCCACUGGUUCACUCAACACAACGUAACUAGAAACGAGGUCUGCGGGCGUCCGCGUGCUGCGUGGAGCGUUUACCAACGAUUUCGCCGUAAACGAUGUUACAUUAUCUCCCUCCAGGAUAAUUGGACUAUCGUUUUCGUUGAUUACAGGAGCGCUCGAAACCUUCAAAAUUGACCUUUUCUUCUUGCUGGCGACACGGAGCCAUUUAUUACGGUAUUCAUUUAUUAAGACCACCUGGGAUGUGUGCUGUAAUUAUGCGGCCCCGACUCCAUGAAACCAGUUCGACAGUGAACGCAACGAUAACUCCGUGGUGUACAUACAAUGGCAGAAAAAUUUCGAUCACUAGUAAAGGUUAUAACUAGCGAAAUAAAUAAACACCGGUUGUUUAACAAUACGACGACAUCAAUUAAUAAUGCUACUGGAAAAGCGCAAAAGAAGUUUAAUGACAUACAAAACGUCGUUGCUUCGAAGUACGAUGUUAUUGCAAAGCAAAUCAAUAAAGAUAUAACAUUAAUCCAAAAUUUAAAUGCAGCGGCCCUACAGCCAAGUCCAUUACCUAAGAAAGUUAUGAAGUGGUUGCAAUGGUAUCAACAAGUAACAGGCUUGGAUGCGGUAGAACUAGCUAAACACCAAGUAAUUUCGGCACAGGACAAAUUAUUCAAGUGUCAAGACGAUAGAAGAAACCUUAACCGUCAAGCAGCAAUAAUAAAUGAUAAAUUAAAAGAAGUAUACUCUGAACUUAUUCAGACUAAACGAGACGAUCCAAAAUAUGUACAACUGACUAUAAUAGAAAACAAGAGUCUGCAAGAACAAGCAAGGAUUAUAUCACAGCUUGAUUUAUUAGAAAAAGAAGAGAAGGAUCAGUUUACACAGUUAGCUACUGCUAUAAAGGAAUAUCAUGAUAGUCAGACAAUGAAUGCACAGAAGUAUAAAUACUUAUCUAUUCUUGCAUCUGCCGCAUUAGCAAUUAUAUCACUGACUGGUUCAAUGAUAUAUAACAAUAAGAGAAUAGCAAAUGUCAGGAAUGUCCUAACUGAGGCUCAAGAAAAAAAUGAAAAUAUACUUAAAAGUACUUUUAAGUCUUUGGAGGGAAUUAUAAAUGCAAGGUAUUCUGAAAUUCUCAACAAACUAGAUAAUAAUAACAAACAAAAUAAUGUAGAAUUGGUCAAUCAUAAAUUCAAUACAAAUCUUUCAAAGGAAUUGCAACAAGGUUGCAUUGUAUUAGGGGUUUGUAUUGUUGGUAUAUUCAUAUUAAAAUCGUUAUUUGGGUAAAAAUGAUGUAGACAUUUUUUUUUAUGUAUUGAAAUGUAAUAAUGGGUAAUCAAUGAAUUAGUAAUAUAUUUGUAAUACAGUGUACAAUUGGAAAAGUUGUACUAUGCAUUUAAUUGCACUUAUUGUGCAUGACUAUCCUAUGCUUUGCACAAGGAACAAAGAUUACAGUCCAUCAGAAAAAUAUGUUUGUAUAUUUAAUAAAUGGGUAAAAUAUACAUAAUGCUUAGGUAGGAAUAAUUAUUUAAUUAAUUAACUUUGUGAUAUACAAUAGAACAUCUGCAGCAUAGAAGAUAUUAUGAGUUACAUAUUAAUAUUGUAAAUAUUUAUGAAGUACUUUUAUUCAAAAUAAAAUGAAAUUAUUCUGUUAAAGAUUAAGCAAAUUAAAUAUCAAUUAUGUUACUUUGUUUAUGCAUUCCAAGGCUUCCAUUCCAUACCAUCCAAUGAUUUUC